CUUCAUGAUAGAUUGAGAGAACUACAUAACUUUGAAGAACAACUCAUCACUGGAGAUCUUUUUAUUUGUUAUUUUCAUAAUGUCGAGUAUUGGAGAAUUAACUACAUUGAUUACACAUUAUGGAGGUACUUUAGUGCGGUAUCCUGUGGUUGAAUAUGUUGGUGGUGAGAGGAUUGAAAAUAACAAACAAGAUCCUAAUAAGCUCAAUUACAUGGACAUGGUUGAUGAAGUAACUGAAAAGUGCAGUAUUAGUAUUAAGAGUAUGUGUUACUUGAUUCCAAACCAAACCAAUUCAGAAGCUUUAAUUCCAUUGAGCAGUGAUACUGAUGUGGUCAAGAUGGCUCAAGAACUCUCUAGGCAUGGGCUUGUUAAUUUAAUAGGAGCAGUAACCAAGUCUCAACAUAAUUUACAAGUUCUUAUGGAGCUUAUUUCUUUAACAAAUGAGCCAGUUCUUGUACCAUCUGAUCCACUUAAGACUGAAUAUAUACUAAGACAAAAAGGUCCAGGAAAUCAGGGCAAAAAGAGGACAAAAACAAAGAGGAAGCAGAUAGUUGAUUUCAAUCUCCAUGUUGUGAUACCCAUCAAUGUUGAUCCAGGGCAUGUGAACACAAUACCAACUGAUGGGAACAUUGACUCAGAUUACUUUGACAGUGAUGAUCUUGGGCAGUGUGACUCUGACAACUCAGAAAAUGAGAUCUUAGUCAAAGAAGAUGCAAUCAAGAGGAAAACUCCUUGGUUAGUUUAUGAAAAAGGAAAUCUGAAUGAGAUUCCUAUCUUUGAUCUUGGUAUGGAGUUCACUAACUGUGAGAAGUUCAAGGAUGCCAUUAGAACAUAUUCUAUUUUGAAGGGUUUUGUACUAGAAUGAUUAAAGAACUCUCCAACUUGCCAAAGGUUGCAAUGUACAGGCCCAUUUUGCAGGUGGUAUAUUGCUAUAGCAAUGUGUAAUAGGGACAGUUGCUUUAAAGUCGUUGCCUACACAAGAGUUCAUAACUGCAUAAAGGAAAGGGAAAAUCUGAUGGCUAAUGCACCUUGGCUUGCUAGGUAUUUGAAACAAAAAAUUGACUCAAAUCCAUUAAUAAAGUUAAAGGACUUGA